GUCAUCAUCUGGCCGGCUUUCUGGGACUUGGUUUCUUCGGAAAGUAUUAAUUGAAUCGACGACAAGACAGUCAACAGUUCAUUUCUAAUAUCCUUCAACACAAUUCUGACUGACUUCUGUCAGCGGUCUGGGCAAUAAUUACGUUAAAUAACCCCACGCUUCAGCUCGCCUGGCUCUCGCAACUCUCCCCACCAGCGGAUAGUCUUGUAACGAGUGCUGUGAUUGGUUCGUCUCAUGAUUGUCAUGCGCCGUGAAGGUGAAUAUGGCGGCCGAAGUGUGAGGACGACAGAUAGACGUUGGGUGUAAAUACUAUUGCUGUAUAAAAUGGCCAGAUAUCACUCCAAAACGACUGUGUUGCAAAAUGACUGGGACCAAGUCGCAUCUGCUGUCUGGCAGAGGUACCCCAACCCACACAGUAAACAUGUUCUGAGUGAAGAUGUAAUUUCGAGGAAGGUAGAAGACAACAAGCUCCACAGUUUCCGGUUGCUGACCAAGACGAACCAUCUACCCAAGUGGGGGGAGCGAUUUCUGCCUGCUGGCACCCCCAAGUUUGCAUCCAUAGUGGAAGAGUCCGUGGUGGACCCUGUUGCCAAAACCUUCACAACAUUCACAUGGAACCUCAACUUCACCAGAAUUAUGCAUGUUAGAGAGAAGGUGGUCUAUUCAGUGUCACCAGAAAACAGUGGCUGGACACAAAUCCACAGGGAGGCCUGGGUUUCCUCUGGCAUGUAUGGCUUCAUCCGUGCCAUCCAACACUUCGGGGUGGACAGGUACAAGAAGAACUCAGAAAGGGCCAACAUGGGACUCCAACUUGUACUGGACAAACUCUUUAACAAAGGACAACAAGUCGCUAUAGAACAGAAGCCUAUAGAAAAGAAGGGAUUACUGAAAGAGAAGGCUAAAGUUGCAAAGGAAGCAGCCAUUCAGGUGGCUCAGCAGAAGGCACAACAGAAACAGGGAACGCUGAUGUGACAAAAGGCAGACCAAGUGGAUAGUUAGAAUUACAGCAGUAUGGUCAGACUGAAGAUACACAUUAUAAAGGGUGUUGGUUCAAAACCUCAAACCAUCAAAGGUUGUGGAAAAGAGCAAUACAGGAUGAGUUAAGGUUUCACUGCAGUGUUGUAAUGGUAUGGAACUUGUCUCACAGGGACUUUCUGCUGCUAUGGUUGACAACAAACCAUUGCAUGUACAUCAGUGUUUAUAGUGAUGGGCUGUCAAUCUCAGGUACUUGUGGAAGUACUUAAAAUGCUGUUUUGAUUUUACUGCUCUGGUUGUAUCAGAGCUGUCAUGUCAAGAAUAAGGAAGUUCAUGAGCUCAAGGGUUAAAGAUAAUGUACCUUGAUUGUAUAUAGCUUUCAAUCUUGCAGUAAGUUUAGUGCAGUAGAAGUUGUUUGCCUUGUACAGUUACUCGUAUGAUAUGUACAUACUACAGGAUGAAAAUGUACAAAGACAGAAUUAAGAAAUAGACAAGAACCAUUUGGGGUGAAAAUUGAAAAAAAUGUACAAAGAGGUACAAACUUUUGACCUGGAGAAAACAUCCACCCUGGAAUUACUUAUCAAGUCAAGCCUCAGCUGACUUCUUUGUAAAAAUUCUGCACCAGGAUUCCAGUUUUGCUGUAGAUACUCAGUAUUUCCACAUUUUUACAAACACUCAGGGUUUCUGUUCUGUGGUCUUGUGUCAAGCAAUGUUGUCCACCAGGUCCUCUUUGUAUAAGUUGCCCCUUCUCCUUUCCACCACACAAGUUAACACCAUUUAAGACUGCGCAACAACCAUCAC